UGUCCGGUGAGGUCAUCUUAAAGGUGGGCGUCAGUGGGCGGGGCCACUGCUGCUCCGGUCCAAAGCCAGCGAUUUGCAUGAGGGAGUGAAAGUUGAGGAGAGAAGGAGAAGCAGCAGCUGACUUUGGGCUUUGGUCUGGAAGCACUGAGCUGCAUACUGCAGGAGAACAACGGUCCUCAGCGGCGAGAAGAAAAUUGUGACCAAAAUGCUGGCCACGCAGUACCUGCCCUGCUGGACGCUCAGUCUAUUAGUGCUGUUUGAGCUGGUCCUUGCCCAGUAUGAGCACCUGGGCUACCCUCCAGGCUACCCGGAGCCGGAGCAGGAACACUACACCGCCCCGCAGCUGUCACCGGACACACCCAGGAUUCAGCUCCGAUUGGCGGGAGACAAGAGGAAACACAAUGAGGGCCGCGUGGAGGUUUUCUACAACAACGAGUGGGGGACUGUUUGUGAUGACGACUUCACCAUCCAUGCUGCUAAGGUGGUGUGCCGGGAGCUGGGCUACCUGGAGGCCGUCUCAUGGUCACCGUCCUCGAAGUAUGGGAAAGGACAAGGACCCAUCUGGUUUGACAAUCUCCACUGCACUGGCAAAGAGAAGACCUUGGCGCUGUGUCCCUCCAAUGGGAUCGGUGUUUCAGACUGCAAACACAGUGAAGAUGUAGGCGUGGUGUGCAGCGACAAAAGGAUCCCGGGAUUUAAAUUUAUCAACACCCUGCCCAACCAUGUGGAGAGCCUUGAUAUCCAAGUGGAGGACGUGCGCAUUCGAGCCAUCCUGUCAUCCUACCGUAAGCGUAUCCCGGUGACAGAGGGCUAUGUGGAGGUCAAGGAUGGCGGUAAAUGGAAGCAGAUCUGUAAUGCAGACUGGAACCAGUUUAACAGCAGAGUCAUCUGUGGCAUGUUUGGCUUCCCCGGGGAGAGGAAGUACAAUGCCAGAGUCUACAAGAUGUUUGCUCGCAGGAGAAAGCCAACGUACUGGGACUACUCUGUCAACUGCACCGGCAACGAAGCCCAUUUGUCCAGCUGUAAACUGGGUCAGGCGACAUCACUGAAGUCCAACGAGACCUGUGCUGGAGGGUUGCCUGUGGUGGUGAGCUGCGUUCCUGGCAGAGCCUUUUCCCCCACCCCCUUGUCUGGGUUCAGGAAGGCCUUCAGACAAGAGCAACCGCUGGUCCGUCUGCGCGGCGGGGCCAUCGUAGGCGAGGGCCGAGUGGAGGUGUUGAAAAACGGAGAGUGGGGCACCAUAUGUGACGACAACUGGAACCUGCUGUCUGCUACCGUGGUGUGUCGAGAGCUGGGCUUCGGUACCGCCAAGGAGGCCCUGUCUGGAGGUCGCCUGGGACAAGGUAUGGGCCCGGUCCAUAUGAACGAGGUGGAGUGCUCUGGGUUUGAGAAGUCCAUCACUGAGUGCUUCUUCAACAAGGAGGCUCUGGGUUGCAGCCAUGAGGAGGACGCAGCCGUCAGAUGUAACGUCCCUGCGAUGGGCUUCCAGGAGAGGCUGCGUCUGAGUGGUGGUCGUAACCCCUAUGAGGGACGUGUGGAAGUGCUGGUGGAGAGAAACGGCUCUCUGGUGUGGGGGACGGUGUGCAGUGAAGGCUGGGGAACCAUGGAGGCCAUGGUGGUCUGCAGACAGCUGGGCCUGGGUUUCGCCAGCAACGCUUUCCAGGAGACAUGGUAUUGGCCGGGGGAGGUUAAUGCAGAUGCUGUGGUGAUGAGUGGCGUUCGCUGCUCUGGUACUGAGAUGUCUCUGUCCCACUGCCUGCACCACGGAGCCCACCUCACCUGCUCGAAAGGAGGCGGACGCAAUGCCGCUGGCGUCUCCUGCUCUGAGACGGCUCCAGACCUGGUGCUGAACCCUCAGGUGGUGGAACAGACCACCUACAUGGAGGACCGACCCAUGUUCAUGCUGCAGUGUGCGUACGAGGAGAACUGUCUGUCCUCCACCUCCAGCGCCACACCGGCCAACUCCUACCGCCGCCUGCUGCGCUUCUCCUCCCAGAUCCACAACAACGGCCAGUCCGACUUCCGGCCCAAAGCCAGCCGUCACUCCUGGGUGUGGCACGACUGUCAUAGACAUUAUCACAGCAUGGAGGUGUUUACUGUCUAUGACCUGUUCAGCCUCAACGGAACCAAAGUGGCAGAAGGACACAAAGCCAGUUUUUGCCUGGAAGAUUCAGAGUGUGAUGAAGGUAUUGAGAAGGUUUAUGAAUGCGCUAAUUUUGGAGAUCAGGGCAUCACUGUGGGCUGCUGGGAUACCUACAGGCACGACAUCGACUGCCAGUGGGUGGACAUCACUGACGUCAAACCUGGAGAUUACAUUUUCCAGAUUAUAAUUAAUCCAAACUAUGAAGUGCCCGAGUCAGACUACAGCAAUAACAUCAUGAAAUGCAGAUGUCGAUAUGAUGGUCAUCGUGUGUGGAUGUACAGCUGCCAUAAUGGUGGCUCAUUAAGCACUGAAACAGAGCAGACAUUCCCAGGCCUCCUGAACAACCAGGUGACCCACAGGUAAAGAAGAAGCAGAGGAGAGGAGUCGACCGGCUGUUCCCCCUCCUACAGGGAGACUGUCUGAAGCCCACCAACCACUACACAUCUGUGGUGGAUUCCCCCUGCCAGCCUUGCCCUGGUCAAAUCAUCCUUUUAUGUUCCCCUCAUCCAUAAGGCAGCAGCUUUCUUUGACCCUCCAUCCUCCUUUUUUUUUUCUCCCCAGCUGAAAGAAUAUUUGAUCCCCUCCUCCUGUCCAAACAGAGGCAGCUACAGCCUUACCAACACUUCCAUCCUCCCUGAGGGCAGUGGAGCUCUCCGCCUGCCCUGUGACUUUUGAAUGAGUGAUGAAAUCAACCUGCUGGGAAGGGGCAGGUAUUUAACACCAGGUGCAGCGUCGGGGAAUGUCAUCCAAGAUGUGCAUUCUUUGAAGUGCAGCACUCUAACAGAGCCCGGCUGCAGUGCUUUUUUGUUCAAAGCUCACCCCGGAGAGUUUGGAUGUCUGUGCCGGGUCACCUGAGGAUGGCGAGGAAUCGUCGAUAACAGCGGCUCCGGUCUGUGUUUGGAAAUAAAUGCUUCAUUCUUUCCGCUUGCA